CCCUGCGCUCGGCCCCCGCCGCCGCUUCCCCCGGUGCGAGCUCCGCGGCCCCGCCGGGCCCGCGCUCCCUCCCCCCCGCCGCUGCCGGUCCCCUCUCGCCGGGAAAGCGCCUCCGCCGGGCUACCGGGAAGCAGCCUUUUCUUCUGCGGGCUUCCCCGCCUUUUUCCCCGCCCCCGGCGCGGGGCCUCUCUCCAUCCGCCCGGUCCUUUUUCCGGGCGCCGCCGCGGCGGAGAAGAACUCGUCGGGGCCGGGCCAGCGGUCAGGAUGUCAGGUGGGGACUCGGCGGCGGCGGCGGCCACCGCCUCCCCGCAGCCGCUCCCGUUCUCCUUGCCGAAGCCCCCUCCCCUCAUGCAGCUGACGCCGGGGGACGCCGUCCGCCCCGUCGCUUCCGCCGCCGACCAAUCGCCGAAGAGCACCCGGCUGGCGGGCCGCCCGGAUUGGCCGGCCGGGAAGCCAGUCAGCCUGCUGGCCCCGUUGCUCCCGCCCCGCGGGGAGCCCGAGCCGCUGAUGCCCUUUGGCCCCUCGUCGCGGCAGCCACUCAGAGGGCGGCUUCUUGGCAGGUGCGGCGGGGGCAGCCUCCUCAGCCCCUCGAUGCGGCCCGGCGGCGUCGACCGCGGGUCCCUCAUGAUGGGACACCCAGGCAUGCCGCAUUAUCCUCCCAUGGGAAUGCACCCUAUGGGUCAGAGACCACCAAAUAUGCCGCCCGUUCCCCACGGUAUGAUGCCUCAGAUGAUGCCGCCCAUGGGAGGACCACCAAUGGGGCAGAUGCCUGGAAUGAUGCAGUCAGUAAUGCCUGGAAUGAUGAUGUCUCACAUGUCUCAAGCUGCUAUGCAGCCUACAGUUCCGCCGGGGGUGAACAGUAUGGAUGCGCAAGUAGGUGUAACACCUCCUGGAACUCAGACAACACAUCCCGUAGUUUGCGCAGCCCAGCAAACCGCCACAACCAACAGCUCUGUUAACGAAGAGCACUCUAAACAGAAAUCUACAUGGACCGAACACAAAUCACCUGACGGAAGAACAUAUUACUAUAAUACUGAAACAAAGCAGUCUACAUGGGAGAAGCCAGAUGAUCUCAAAACUCCUGCUGAGCAAUUGUUGUCUAAAUGUCCUUGGAAGGAGUAUAAAUCUGAUUCUGGAAAGCCCUAUUACUAUAAUUCCCAAACAAAAGAAUCACGCUGGGCAAAACCCAAAGAGCUGGAGGAUCUCGAAGCAAUGAUUAAAGCUGAAGAAAACAGCACAAAGCCCGAAGACUCGGCUCCGGCGGCGGCCGCUCCGGCUGCUGCAGCAGAAGCAACGAGCGCCGCCGCCGCCGCCACCGACACGGCCGCGGCCGUAACUACCGCCGCCGCCGCUUCCGCCGCGGCCGCCCCCGAAGCAGAAACUGCUGCAGCCUCUGUGGCAGAAAACGAGAGCGCCGGCACGGCCGCGGCCGAGGACCAGGGACAAGCAGCUUCUGCGCCCGCUGUGCAGGAACAGAGCGGGGAGAGUGCAGCCAGCGCAGCCGACGACUCUUCCAAGCAGGAGGCCUCAGCAGAUGGUGCUGCAAAGAAGGAGGACGAUGAUGCCCAACCAGUUAAAAAAACCUAUACAUGGAAUACAAAGGAAGAAGCAAAGCAAGCAUUUAAAGAACUGUUAAAGGAAAAGCGAGUACCAUCCAAUGCUUCUUGGGAGCAAGCUAUGAAAAUGAUCAUUAAUGAUCCCAGAUACAGUGCUUUGGCAAAAUUAAGUGAAAAAAAGCAAGCCUUUAAUGCUUACAAAGUUCAGACAGAAAAAGAAGAGAAAGAAGAAGCAAGAUCAAAAUACAAAGAAGCUAAAGAGUCCUUCCAGCGUUUUCUUGAAAACCAUGAAAAGAUGACAUCCACAACAAGAUACAAAAAAGCUGAACAAAUGUUUGGGGAGAUGGAAGUCUGGAAUGCAAUAUCUGAGCGUGAUCGUCUUGAAAUUUAUGAAGAUGUCUUGUUCUUUCUGUCUAAGAAAGAGAAGGAACAAGCCAAACAGUUACGAAAGAGGAACUGGGAGGCUUUGAAGAACAUACUAGAUAACAUGGCUAAUGUCACUUACUGUACUACUUGGUCGGAGGCUCAGCAGUAUCUGAUGGACAACCCUACAUUUGCAGAAGAUGAAGAACUUCAGAACAUGGAUAAGGAGGAUGCGCUGAUCUGCUUUGAGGAACAUAUCAGGGCACUGGAAAAAGAGGAGGAAGAAGAAAAACAGAAAAGCUUGCUUAGAGAAAGAAGGCGGCAGCGUAAAAACAGAGAAUCUUUUCAGCUAUUUUUAGAUGAACUGCACGAGCAUGGGCAAUUACAUUCAAUGUCCUCUUGGAUGGAGUUGUACCCAACCAUAAGCUCCGACAUCAGAUUCACUAAUAUGCUUGGUCAACCUGGAUCAACAGCCCUUGAUCUUUUCAAGUUCUAUGUUGAAGACUUGAAAGCACGUUACCAUGAUGAAAAGAAGAUAAUAAAAGAUAUCUUAAAGGAUAAAGGAUUUGUCGUCGAAGUGAACACUUCUUUUGAAGAUUUUGUUACGGUCAUCAGCUCCACUAAAAGAGCUACUACAUUAGAUGCAGGAAAUAUCAAGCUGGCUUUCAACAGUCUGCUAGAAAAGGCAGAAGCCCGUGAAAGAGAGAGGGAAAAAGAAGAAGCUCGUAAAAUGAAGCGGAAAGAGUCUGCCUUCAAGAGCAUGUUGAAGCAAGCGACUCCUCCAAUCGAACUGGACGCUGUCUGGGAAGAUAUCAGAGAUAGAUUUGUGAAGGAACCAGCCUUUGAAGACAUCACCCUGGAGUCUGAAAGAAAAAGAAUAUUUAAAGAUUUCAUGCAUGUACUAGAGCACGAGUGCCAGCACCAUCAUUCGAAGAACAAGAAGCAUUCUAAAAAGUCUAAAAAACAUCACAGGAAGCGGUCUCGUUCCCGUUCGGGCUCGGAGUCCGAGGAUGAUGACAGCCACUCCAAGAAGAAGAGGCAGCGUUCGGAAUCUCGAUCCGUUUCUGAGCGUUCUUCCAGUGCAGAAUCUGAGAGAAGUUACAAGAAGUCAAAAAAACACAAGAAAAAGAGCAAGAAGAGGAGACACAAGUCUGAUUCACCGGAGUCGGAUAUUGAACGAGAAAAAGACAAAAAAGAAAGAGAGAGAGAGAGCGAAAAGGAUAGAGCUAGACAAAGAUCUGAAUCAAAACAUAAAUCUCCUACUAAAAAACGACCUGGAAAAGAUUCUGGGAACUGGGACACGUCUGGCAGCGAACUGAGCGAAGGGGAGUUGGAAAAACAGAGGAGGACACUUUUGGAACAACUGGAUGAAGAUCAAUGAGAACAUUAUUUAUACCAAAUAUGUUUACAUUGUGGCAUAAUAAAAGAAACCAAUGUCUAAUUCAGGACGUGGGUUCUGAUAUCCCAAGUUCCACUGUUGCGCUGACAGUGGGCGUGUUCAUUUUCCCCACAUCAGUCCAUUCAGAUUACUUUUAUUACAUCGAAUCUAGAAAAGCAAAUGAAAUUCUGAGUGCAAGGGCCCCAGGGGCCGUCCUGGGCAGGCUGGGGGCUGGGUGCUGGAGCGGCGUCGCAGGCCGGGGGAAGUGUUGGCACCUUUCUAGCAAAGCGUCGCUGCAGCGCCGCCCUUCCUAGAAAGGCAAGAACGCUGCUCUUCCCGCCCAGGGUAGGCAGGUAAAAUUUAAUUUUUAGAAAGAGAUUCUUAAUAUAGUUUCUUGCGGUUUAAUUUCUUUUACGGAUUUGUUUUUAUUUUGGAAAGUGGGGAAGGGGGGGGGGCGGGAAGGCAAGGGAAAGGGGAGUCACGAAUCCAUUUCUUGAUCUGUACUGCUAAAACAAUAUCAGAUAUUGGGACCUGCUCUGUUGUGAACUGCCUCGCUGGCCAAACCCGCGCUGAGCUUUUGUACAAAGACUCGAGUUCCUGGCUGGAGGUAAAUUGAAGGUAAAUUUUCCAAGGCCUGGGCGAGGCGAGCUGUGUCCCGGCCGCCGCUCGCCUUCCCCUCGCCCCCCCCCCCCCGCCCGUUACCCCAGCGGUUUGCCUUCCGCGCUAAGAAAAGAUGACAAAAUCAAAUUGUAACUGAAUUUCGAUGUGUUGCCUUAAGAACCUGCUGAGGGAAUGUACCACCCCGUCUCAGCGGCCGCCUCCAGCCCGUCCCCCGCGGGGGGAGGCGGCGGCUUUGGCCCCUGGUUUGCGGGUGGAGGGAAGGUUUCGCCAGCCCCGCGCGCUGAGCGGCCGCCGCUGCUGUGGGACGCACUCGCAAACCUCUGAUGGGAAUAUUUUUGUAUAUUUUUAUCAAUUAUUAAACCUUGUCUUCUGGUGUGUUA